AUGUACGGUCACGACACCCCUAUCACAAUCGGCGUGCUCCUCGUUACAAGCGGCGUUCAGAUGGCUGACAUUGCGCCUGUCGACAUCCUCUGCACGGUCAGCACGAAAUAUAUGGCCAUCCCGGCGGCGCUCAAGGCGUUCGCGACGCCGAUGUCUGUGGUCUACAUCAGCGAGAACGGCGCAAGCCCGCUUUCCAUUUCAGGAGAUGCGGGUAUUGUGGUCACCCACUCGAUCCAAAACGCUCCGAAGCUCGAUAUCCUGGUCGUCCCAGGCCCGCCUCCUCAUUAUCGUGCCACAGAGGCUGUCAAGUCCUUCGUCAAGUCCACGAACGAUGCUGGCGGGCAUAUUCUCUCUGUCUGCACUGGCAUACUCGCCGUCGCACCCUCAGGUGUCCUAGACGGCAAGGCCGGGAUGGGCCCCGUCGGCUUGCUCCCCCUGAUGCGUGAACUCUGCCCCAAGGUCAGGUGGGGUGGCGCGCGUCGCUGGGAGAGGAACGCGGCCUAUGACACCAAAGGACAAGUUUGGUCAUGCGGUAGCAUCAUCGACGGUAUCGACGAGAUUGGCGCCUUCGUUAGGGACCAUUGGCCCGCAGAGAUAGCCGAGCCCAUGAUGUACCUGUCGUCCGUGCCCGAGCGCCCCGCCGAGUACAGCGAGAUGGAGAAGAAGUGGGGUGACAAGUGGGCCACUUUCCUCUAG